AUGGGUUUCACCGACUUUAUCUCCGACAGUGGCCUCACUCGUAGGUGUUUUGACUGCAGCCUCUGGAACCGCAUGGAACUGACCGAUUACAGUGCUGAACAACUGGCUGAGGACUCGUUCAUACAUCGCUGGGUAGCCGACAGCUUCCAACCAUCUCAAGCCGAUGUUGUUUCUUUCAAGGCUCUGGACAAAGCCCCCGCCGUUGAGAAGUACCCCAAUGCCUAUCGCUGGUACAACCACAUCAAGUCCUACGAGGCCGACUUUUCCACCCUUCCCGGUGAUCCAUCCAAGCCGUUCACUACCUAUGGCCCAGAGGCAGUUGCCGUGACACAAAACCCCAAGGAUGCUCCCGAGGCCGAAGACGAAGACGAUGUCGACCUGUUCGGCUCCGAAUCGGAGGAGGAAGACCCCGAGGUUGUCGCAGAGCGUGAGAAGAGAUUGGCCGAGUACAAGAAGAAGAAGGAAGGCAAGGCCAAGCCUGCUGCCAAAUCCAUCGUCACACUAGAUGUCAAGCCGUGGGAUGACGAGACUGAUAUGGCCGAGUUGACGAAGAACGUUUUGGCGAUCGAGUUGGAUGGUCUCGUCUGGGGUGCUCACCAACUGGUGCCUGUUGGCUUCGGCAUCAAGAAAUUGCAGAUCAACUUGGUCGUCGAAGACGAGAAGGUUUCUCUCAGUGACCUGCAGCAACAGAUUGAGGAAGACGAGGACCAUGUCCAGUCGACCGAUGUUGUUGCCAUGCAGAAGCUCUGA